CAGAGAUGGUGGAGGUGGAGACGUCUGGGUCGGAAUGCGUAUAGGAGGUUCGCGGUCCGGCGGCCCGUGGGGAUAUAGCUUGACUGCGUGCGGCAGAAGGGGUUUAGAGACCUCGUCUUGAAGCAAAAAAAGAAAAAAGACAUGUAAAUGGAUUGAUAGAUGGAUCCCUGAUGGGCCUACCCCAAAUCAAAUAAAUCAGAAUUUCUGAAAAUGAGGCCAGGUUUGGGAACCACUGCUCCACCCUGUGUUGGCAGAAAUCAACCUAAAUCCAGGGUUCCGGGCCCCUCUCUUGCUCAGCUCUGACUCCUGGCUCCUCCGGUGGAAGUCUCUGGACAGGGGACUGCACUGUCCUCCUCUCUCAGCAAGGGGGCUCCAGAGACUGCUUAGCCCAGGAGUCUGGCGGCCUCAGGAUUCGGCCAGUCCCUUGGUAAUGUCCAGGGCUCUAGGAGGAGAUGUCCUUGUGGCUGGAGGCCUCUGUGCCUGACAUUUCUUCUGACUCUGCAGUGGAGCUGUGGGAGCCACAUGUGCAAGAUGCAAGCGGCCAGGCACUGGGAGGCAGCACCUGCAUCCUUAGGGGGGAAGCUAGCAGGCCCCAGUCCACUGGGGGCACUUUGGGAGUGGGGCUGGAGGCAGCAGAGCCUGCAGCUCUGCUCCCCAGAGAGGAUGCCCUUCCAGAGUCCACAGAGUUCCAUCCACAAAAGCGAAAAAAGGGGCCAGCCCCCAAAAUGCUGGGGAACGAGCUGUGCAGUGUGUGUGGGGACAAGGCCUCUGGCUUCCACUACAAUGUGCUGAGCUGUGAGGGCUGCAAGGGAUUCUUCCGCCGCAGUGUCAUCAAAGGGGCACGCUAUGUCUGCCACAGCGGGGGCCACUGCCCCAUGGACACCUACAUGCGUCGCAAGUGCCAGGAGUGUCGCCUUCGCAAAUGCCGCCAAGCUGGCAUGCGGGAGGAAUGCGUCCUGUCAGAAGAACAGAUUCGCCUGAAGAAACUGAAGCGGCAAGAGGAGGAACAGGCUCAGACCACAUCAGUGCCCCCAAGCGCAUCCUCACCUCCCCCAGUCUUGCCCCAGCUCAGCCCGGAGCAACUGGGCAUGAUUGAGAAACUGGUGGCUGCCCAGCAACAGUGUAACAGACGCUCCUUUUCUGACUGGCUCCGAGUCACGCCUUGGCCCAUGGCACCCGAUCCCCAGAGCCGGGAGGCCCGUCAGCAGCGCUUUGCCCACUUCACUGAGCUGGCCAUCAUCUCUGUGCAGGAGAUCGUCGAUUUUGCCAAACAGCUGCCUGGCUUCCUGCAGCUCAGCCGGGAGGACCAGAUCGCCCUGCUGAAGACCUCUGCGAUUGAGGUGAUGCUUCUGGAGACAGCUCGGAGGUACAACCCUGGGAGCGAGAGUAUCACCUUCCUCAAGGAUUUCAGUUACAAUCGGGAAGACUUUGCCAAAGCAGGACUGCAGGUGGAGUUUAUCAACCCCAUCUUCGAGUUUUCCAGAGCCAUGAAUGAGCUGCAACUCAAUGAUGCUGAGUUCGCUUUGCUCAUUGCCAUCAGCAUCUUCUCUGCAGACCGGCCCAACGUACAGGACCAGCUCCAGGUAGAGAGGCUGCAACACACUUAUGUGGAGGCCCUGCAUGCCUACGUCUCCAUCCAUCACCCCCAUGACCGGCUGAUGUUCCCACGGAUGCUAAUGAAACUGGUGAGCCUCCGGACACUGAACAGUGUCCACUCAGAGCAAGUGUUUGCACUGCGCCUGCAGGACAAAAAGCUUCCCCCGCUGCUGUCUGAGAUCUGGGACGUGCACGAAUGACUGUUCUUCCUCCAUGUCUUCUGUUUUCUGGGCUGAAUGGCUGAGGCCCAGUGGUUGUUUUUCUAGAGGUGGGGCAGACUGAGAGGGGUAAACAUUCCUGGGAGCUGGGCAAAGUACAUCAUCAUGUGGCAUUAAAGGAGAGUCAAAAGGUUGGUAGUUUUGUGGCUGCUGGGCAGUGGGGGUCUUGCUAAAGCUGUGUUGCAUUUGAAGACUCUUCUGACCCAACCAAAUGGGUGAACCUGGGGGACACUUUGCACAAGGUUCUCCAGAGCCCAGCCCAUCCUGCCUCCACCACUUCCUGUUUUCUGCACAGGGCCCCUAGAGAAACUCUCCACUGUCACUGCAGCUUGGCCAUAAAUGCCUUGGGGCUGCCUCACUGACAGGUCUGGCAGUGUUUGUACAGGAAGACCAAAAUGAACACAGAAUGAGAGAAACCACUUCUGGAUUGCCGGUAGGGGCUCGGCAAUAGUGGAGUGAAGGCUGCGUCCUUUAGGAUCCGCUUCCAGACUCAGAAGAGGAGACUAGUCCCAAGUAACAGCUUUAGCAGCAAGGGGACUCCCUCUUACUAGCCGGUGCCACGAGGGUAAAUGAAAUGCUGAGGCUUAGAUGCCUCCUUCCCUUUUAAUGAUCCAAGUGGGGCUGUGAUGUCUUUCUGUCGGCGGGGGAGGAAGUUUGGAUGUUCAGAACUAAUGCCUCAGUCAUGGUGCGCGGGCGCACGUAUACCUCGCUUUUUUCGUUGGCAUCUGAAGAAGAGGGCACAACAAUCCCUCCUUUCGGCCCUUAGGCCCUGUGGGACAGGAAUAAAAAUCCCCUGAGGCCAGGGGUAGGCUGCCCUGUCUUGGGCCUCUCCGGAGGGUGGACUCCAUUUCCCAGCGGGCCCCGCGGCCUCGCUCACGCCCCCUUUCCAUGGAGCUCACCCUGUCUAGGUGAUACCGCGGUCGCGCCUUCUGGCCUCAAGUACCCGCGCUGCCCCAGAAUUGGAAGGUUCCACUGCUGGGGCUGCAGGCUUUCCUGCCCAGGCGGCUGGGCACUUCCAAGCCGCGUGCGGGGGGAGGGAGGGAGAUGAGGAGGACUGUCAGAAAGUCUUAGGGGCGGUUCAUGUUGAGAAGUCGCUUCCUGAUUUAUGCACAUUUCGUCGAAACGGGCGCUAUUGCCAUAUCAAAUUAAAAUCUGUUUGCGCAACCUAAA